GAUAUUCGAGGUGAAAUAGAAGAGAAUUCGUUGGAGGAAUUCGAUACAUUCUCUAAGGUCUAUCUUGGAUCAGAGAUAUCCGCAAUGGAUCCAAAGGUACGCAAGUGUGUUGAGAGAGCUGUCGAAGGAGUUAGAACUAGAACUGAUUGCGAUGCCUACUUAAUAGAGCACAUUAGUAUUGCUGAAAUAGACGAAUGCUAUAGAAAUGUCGAGUUUCCUGAGGAGACGGGACCAAAAAAUCAACUGCCAUCUGUGGGCUCGGGUAGAGCAGGAGCAAACAAACAGCAAGGUGAACAACUUGUCUGA